CACAGCACAGCCCAGCACCGCACCGCCCCCCAACCGCUCUGUCUGCUGCGGACUGGCCGGACACAAGUGGACUGACAGGGCUGAUCCCCUCCACCCUAGGCAAACAGACAGACAGUCAAAGGAGCCAUCGCCUCCAGCUGCAAGGUGUCCAUCUAUCCAUCCGUCCAUCCAUCCAUCGGUCCCUCAGUCCAGCAGCUGGCCAUGAACCUCAUCGCCGUGGUCGCCGUCCUGUUCCUCAUGUCUGCGCGGGGCUCGGCGGCGGACGAACUGGGCGGCAGCGAUGACCCGGGCUACUGGGGGGACUGGGCCGAACCAGACCAGGCCAAGGAGGAGCUCCCAGAUGUGUUCGAGCAUUUCCUGCAGAGGAUGGCCCGCAGACCAAAACCCCAGCAGUUCUUCGGGCUCAUGGGGAAACGCGAUGCCGGGCCAGGCCAAAUCGCUCAUAAACGGCAUAAAGCGGAAUCUUUCGUCGGACUGAUGGGCAAGAGAUCGUUAAACUUGGGGUCGUUCGACAGGACCGUGGCACAGAGCUACGAGAGGAGGCGUAAAUAAGGCCGGCAGGGCGACUAUGUGUCGACCCUGAUUCGUCCUGCUGUCCGACGGAGUGUAAUAUAAGACGACCCCCGGAAGGAAGAAUUAUUUAUUUCAGGAUGACGAGUAUCGCUUUGCGUUGUAAAUUCAAUAAAAUGAUUAUUUUUCUUAUUGUGACCAAGAUCCCCGUCACGCAAGAGUGUUGCCGUCGUGGCAGGUGACACCUUCGGGCGCAGACCGUAAUUCGUGUCCAGCGCCGAGGCCCGGCCGUUCCCAAGCGCUUAGUCCAGUGCUGUGCACACAGUAAGCGCUCUAUAAAUACGAUUGAUGAUGAUGAUGAAGCUACUUCGCCACCCAAAGCCACCGUCUCCGUCCGCUUCGACCCCCGGCGAAGAGUGAAGGACGUCGGCCUGCCGUCUCCCUCGUGAAUCCCCCGAUUUCACGCGUACUGUCGUUCUGGUGAUCCCAAAUAUAUCUGUCUUUCUGCAGCAUGCUUCAUGUUUUGUGGCUGUUUUUCCCGGAGAGCGAGAUGUCCGCGUGACGCUGCCCGGGGCUUCGUUUCCUAGGCUCACCUUUUACGGGAGCAAUAGUUUUAAAUAAAGAAGAAUGAGGAGA